AUGCCACCAGUGCCUCAAAGCACUGAAAAGAAGCCUCGUAAGACAAAGAAUGCUUCCUGGAAGGCAUCAGUCAAGCAGCUGAAGCAGACAGCAGCCAAGACAAAGGCAACCGAAGAUGGCAAGAAGGCACUGGAGGGACUGGAAGAAUCAGUCAAUUGGACUAAUGAUGAGACAAGGAUAUUGCUCAAGGCACUCCUGGGUCCUGAUAGUGAGCUCUACAUGGAGCUUGGCACAAAUGCAAAAUAUGCCUAUAGAAAGAAAUACUUAAGCAGAUAUGAGUGGCUACAGAAGAUAUUCACAUACAUAUUAGCAUUCGAGUCGAUGACUGGCAAUGGCGAGGGUGAUCCUGACGUUGAGGAGCUUGAUGAACAGAUCAAGAAUGCAAGAGUAGCAGGGAGGGAUGUAGGAAACUUAUCUGGGACCAUGCUGAAAUGGUGGUAUACUGAGGGCUGGUAUGAGCUGUUCAACAACUACCUUGGCGAGCACCCAGGGCUGGUGCGGGAGCAUGACUUUCACUUAGGCACCAUUUCGGACACAAUUGAGAUUAGCAGUGAUGAAGAUGCCAAAGAUGGUAACAGUGGCUUUGAGAGUGCUGAUGCUGAGGAAAAGCCAGCAAGGAAAAGUACUGCAAAGGGAGGCACAGCAUCUACAAAGACGCAAGGAAAAUCACUGACCUUGAGAGGUGUUCCUGCACCGUGUCACAAACAGCAGUCAUCUUGCACAAGCAUGGGAAGCGAGCUUGCAGAAUAUCUUGCAUCAAAUGCCAAGUAUAUGCAGCAUAUGAUGAAAAGUGAUAAUGAUCGCUUGAAAAUUCAGCAAAAACAUGAAAAUUGA